UAGGAGGAUCAUUAGUCCCACCUGAGCAUUUUAGCUAGAAAAAAGGGCUAGGGUUGUAGUUCAAUGCAAAGGCCCUGGGUUCAAUCCCCAGAACUGCAAAAAAAAAAAACCCAGAACAUCUGUAACCCCACCAUUGUGGCUCCCACCCUGUCUGCACCUGUGUCUGAGUAUGCUGCCUUCUCUCCUCUUGCUGAGGGUUGGCUCUCGAUGUCCUCAACCGAGUCAUCCUCUACAUAAUUGACCACAAUGAGCAAGUCUUCUUCAGAGACCCGUGGACACCCCCACAGUGUCAACUCUCCUUCAGAACGAAUGUUCUCCAUACCCCUGCCGAAGAAGGCCCCUCUCAAUACCCCUGGCACCCCGGUCCUUGAGGACUUUCCCCAGAAUGAUGAUGAGAAGGAGCGAUUGCAGCGGAGGCGCUCCAGGGUCUUCGACCUGCAGUUCAGCACAGACUCACCUUACCUCCUCGCCUCCCCCACCAGCAGGAAUGUCGAUGUUUCAGCUACGAUUCCUAAAUUUACAAAUACACAGAUUACAGAGCAUUACUCCACCUGUAUCAAGCUGUCCACUGAAAAUAAAAUCACUACCAAGAAUGCUUUCGGCUUGCAUUUGAUUGAUUUCAUGUCAGAGAUCCUUAAACAGAAGGACACUGAACCAACCAACUUUAAAGUAGCCGCUGGUACCCUGGACGCCAGCACCAAGAUCUAUGCUGUGAGAGUAGAUGUUGUCCAUGCUGAUGCCUACAGAGUCCUAGGGGGACUUGGCAAAGAUGCCCCAUCUCCAGAAGCCAUGGAGGACCCUGGUGCAGAUGGAAGUGCUACUGAAACAAGAUCAACCAAAAAGGCUCCAAAACCAAAGAAGAAGCAUUCCUGCAAAACCAUCGAGCAGAAUAUAAACAACCUCAAUGUCUCCGAAGCAGAUCGAAAGUGUGCGGUGGAUCCCAUGUUUCAGAAGACUGCUGCCUCGUUCGACGAGUGCAGUACAGCGGGGGUGUUCCUCUCCACCCUACACUGCCAGGACUACCGGAGUGAGCUGCUCUUCCCUUCCGAUGUCCAGCCUCUCUCCACUGACGAGCCCCUUGAGCUGCCAGACUUGGGCUGGGUCGAGAUGACAGAUCUGAAAGUGCCCUUGCAGCAGUGUGUGGAAGAUUGUCAGCUCUGUCCCUCCCUGGCCGGCUUCCAGUUCACCAAGUGGGACAGUGAGACGCAUACUGAGUCUGUGUCGGCCCUGUUAGACAAGUUCAAGAAGAAUGACCAGGUGUUUGAUGUGGACGCCGAGGUUGAGGAGAAUGACGGCGAAGACUUCCUCAUUGGGCCCCUGGAGGGUGACUUUGAUGCCAACAAUGAGCCUGAGCACACUACAGCUGGGGACCAUGAAGAGUUCAGGAGUUGGAAGGAGCCCUGCCAGAUCCAGAGCUGCCAGGAAGAAAUUAUUUCCCUCGGCGACGGAGACAUUCGGACCAUGUGUCCCCUUCUGUCCAUGAAACCUGGAGAAUAUUCCUACUUCAGUCCCCGGACCAUGAAGAUGUGGGCUGGCCCAGAUCACUGGCGCUUUCGGUCUCGACACAAACAAGACAUGACCUCCCAGUCAGAGACAAGGAAGAAGAGUACAAAGAAAGAUUUCAAGAUAGACUUUGAUGAAGAUAUUGACUUCGAUGUAUAUUUUCGAAAAUCAAAGGCUGCUACUGUUCUGAGCAAGUCCACCCUGGAGAACCAGAACUACAGAGCUACCACUCUUCCUACGGAUUUCCACUACGAGAUUGAUACCCUUGUCCAGCUGCAUCUCAAACCAGGCCUGAGGUUACUUAAAAUGGACCAGCGCCAGAAGACAGGGACUGAACAUUAUGAAGAAAUUGGGGACUAUGACUACAAUAACCCCAGUGACACCUCCAACUUUUGCCCUGGGCUCCAGGCCGCUGACAGCGACUCUGAAGAGUCAGACGACUUACUGGCAGCGCCAGUUGGGACCUUUGACCUCACAUCUGGCCCCUGCCACACACUGAGGACAGUACAAGAGAAUGGUGACGCUCCUGAGGGCCGAGCUGACAUCACAACAUAUGGGGAGUCCAACCUGGUGGCCGAGCCGCAGAAGGUAAACAAAAUUGAAAUUCAUUAUGCCAAGACUGCCAAAAAGAUGGACAUGAAGAAGCUGAAGCAGAGCAUGUGGAGCCUGCUGACAGAGUCCUCCAGAAAGGAGGCCAGCGCUGAGGUGAGCCUCAGCGAACCUGGUGCAGGAGGAGCCCUGGUGAGGGUAGCCAGCAACAAGAUGCUUAGCGGGCUCACGAAGGACCUGCAGAAGAGCCUGCCCCCCACCAUGGCCCAGAACCUCUCCAUACCUCUGGCUUUCGCCUGCCUCCUGCACUUGGCCAACGAAAAGAAUCUGAAGCUGGAAGGAACCGAGGAUCUUUCUGAUGUUCUCGUGAGGCAGGGAGUCUGAGGCCUGGUUGUCUCCAGUCUGGACGAAGAUACGGGUGCUGCAGCAAGGCUGUCACCAGCACCUACAGGGCCUGUUGCUCCGCCUGUCAUCGUCACUGUCUGGGCACUGGUGCCCAAGGCUCUGUCCAAAAUGGACUGACCACUUGGGCAAGAUAAGGAAGAUGGCAUCAUGAGCUCAUGGUCCAACUGUGAACAGUGUCCACUGUGUAUUGGGUGCUUUCAAUCUCCUCCAUCCAACUGUUAUUUUCCACACUUUACUCUUGUAGAAAAGAAUUGUUUCGUAGCUGCUUAAUGUUCUUGAGAGCUCCCUUUUCUAUGUACGUAAAGUACUCUGCGUGUACACUUAUAAAUGUGUAUAUAAUACUAAAAAAUGAAAUCUUCCUGAA